AGAUCACGUGACUGUCAGAGUUUCAUUUGCCAAAACAGACUGCGUGGGGAAAGUAGCCAGACUGCUCAAAAACAGCUCAGAAAAUGCCUCUGUUUAUACUCGGGACAUGACCAAACAUCUGCUGAACACCUCUCGGGUAAAAUGGCUUUGUCAUGGGCACCUGCCAUUGUAGCGCUCUACUUCCUGUGUACACCUGUGAUAACAGAAACCACCAAAUGUGUUCCCAAGGACUUCGGUCAUGGCUCUGUGGUGUGUGUUUGCAAUGCCACAUAUUGUGAUGAUAUGAGUUUAAUAGCCCUCCCUCCGGUGGGAAAAUACAUGUCCUACCUGAGUAACAUGAUGGGCAUCAGAUUUGAGGUGGGACAUGGAACGUUUGGGAAGAACAGCACAGGGUCAGGUGUCAGGAUAACCAUCAAUCGCAGUCAGAAAUAUCAGAAGAUCAGAGGUUUUGGAGGAGCUAUGACGGAUGCUGCAGCUAUCAACAUAAUGUCGCUCUCCUCUGGGACUCAGGACCAGCUCCUGAGACAGUAUUUCUCCUCUGACGGAAUUGGCUACAGCGUGGUGCGUGUUCCCAUGGCGAGCUGUGACUUCUCUACUCGUUUGUACACUUACGCUGACACGCCUGAAGACUACAACCUCGACCACUUCACCCUGGCUCCAGAGGACACUCAGAGAAAGAUCCCUCUGUUACUGAAAGCCCAGAGCAUGUCCCCAAAACCCCUCUCUCUGCUGGCCAGUGCAUGGAGCGCCCCCACCUGGAUGAAAACCAAUGGUGCCCUUAUUGGAAAAGGCUCUUUAAAGGGGAAGCCUGGGGGCAAAGAGCAUAAGACCUGGGCACAGUAUUAUAUCCGGUUUUUUGAGGAAUAUGCAAAAUACAACUUGACUUUCUGGGCUUUGACCACAGGAAAUGAGCCCAGUGCAGGGAAAAUGACAAACUACAGUUUCCAGGCUCUGGGGUUCACCCCCGAGGAGCAGAGGGACUGGGUGGCUCUGGACCUGGGCCCAGCGCUCCAGUCCUCUCAGUUUAAACACACUCAUGUCCUGAUCCUUGAUGAUAAUCGACUGCUGCUGCCGCACUGGGCCAAAGUGGUGUUGAGCGAUGUGCAUGCUGGCAGGUACAUUCACGGAGUGGCAGUUCAUUGGUACUUCGAUCACUUUGUCCCACCUGAGUUUAGCCUGGGGACCACCCACCACCUCUACCCUGAGUAUUACCUGUUUGGGACAGAGGCCUGCGCCGGCUGGAGUCCACUGGACCGAGGGGUGAAACUGGGGAGCUGGGACAGGGCUGAACAAUACGCACAUGACAUUCUUCAGGAUUUAAAUCAUUAUGUGGAGGGUUGGACCGACUGGAACUUGGCUUUAGACCAGACUGGAGGACCAAACUGGGUUAAAAACUUUGUGGACAGCCCUAUUAUAGUGGAUGCGCAGAAUGACAUCUUCUACAAACAACCAAUGUUUUACGCCAUGGCUCAUUUCAGCUCGUUUCUGUGGAGAGGGUCUCAGAGAGUGGGAGUAUCUGCCAGUUUCAAAACAGAGCUUGAAUACACAGUUUUUAUCAGGCCAGACGGAGCAGUGGUGCUACUUAUAUUAAACAGGUCCUCAGCUGAGAUAAAGUUUGAGGUUUGGGAUCCUGAGGUUGGCUACUUUACCUCCACUGCUCCAGCCCGCUCCUUACUCACUUUUGCUUGGAACACACUAUGAAGACAAAAUAAAUUACACUUAUUUCUAUUUAAAGCAUUAGUUAGGGGUGGGAGAUAUGCCAAUAAUCCUGUAAAUUUUUUACAUUUGAAUACAAUUCAUACAUACUUUACUUUCUAGUUUAAAAAUAUCUAAACUAAAGCAAUUUGCAUCCACUUGUCACUCACUCAGGGAUUUUGGAGAUUAACCAAAAGGGAAAACCAAUGAAUCCUGAUUUCAAACACCUAAUUAGAAGAUCCAUUGGCAGAGUGUCCCAUCACAAAUCACAUUGUUAUAUCACUCACCUCUCGCCUUAAAGACUGCACUUUUUAACUAUUCUGUGAAAUAUUUCAAGUAGUUGCAAUAUCAAGAUUAAUGCAAAACUGAGAUGUAUGGUCCACACUUUUCAUGUUUACAUAUGCAAUAAACUCAUGAUUUGAUGGCC